GUGCCUGAUUUUUGUAUACACACAGCCGUAUCGUGCAUUCAUAAUGCGACGUGUACAUGCACGAGGCUUCGUCAUGCAUUGAGUUCGUUUAGAAAUAGGCGGUAUUUGCAGCUUUGCAUGAGACUCGACCAAAUUUCACUUCUCCCUACGGCUUGAAUUGUACGUUUAUUGCUAUAUUUCAUCCAUGUUAUUUCUAUUUAGCUGAUCUCGAUUUUAAGAGGGAAAACAAAGACUGACAUGCACGAGAGAGAGCUAUUCUAAAACUCUAUUUUUGUCAUUGAACCUGGAUUCUUCAAGCACACGAAACCGUUUCUGAUAUCGCGAAGAUGCCGAAAACAGGGAGGUUCACUAUAGAAGAACGAAUGGCGGUACUGGAGCUUAUCAAACCCAAAGUGAUUUUGUUGGACGCAAUAACGAGUGAUGCCCAUUCCAGCGAUUGUAAGAAGGAAGCAUGGGAAUCCAUCACCAAGGAGUUCAUCAAGGACCGUCCCGGUCGGCAGGACCUGACCUCCAAAGAGAUCCGGGAACUUUGGCGACGGAUGAAACACAGAGCCCGGAUGGAUGUCCGCCAGAGCAUCCAGAGCGCCAAGGUUGGACACGUCCGCACCAUAUCAGAAGCGGACAACAAUGGUUGGCUUCCAGACCACACGGGUCACAAGGUCAUCGACAUCAAUGACCUCGGCUUGGACAUGGAUACCAAGUUCAUCACCGAUUUUGUGCCGUUACUCGAAGAAGAAGCGACCGUGCUUGAGACUCGGAAUGGUGUUCUGCUUGAUAAGGAAAAGCCUGGUAUGGUGGAAAAACGACGGGCGUCCAACUCUAUGCUUCCGAACGAAACGCCAAAGAUUGUUAGAACAGAUUUGGGCGCUGCUCCGGCCAGGAAUGCCGGUGGCGAUUUCUUUGAGGUUGAUAUCGUAGAAGUCCUGGAGACGAGUACGUCAGGAGUGAAUGCAGUUCUAAGUGAUCGAUCUAGCCCAAAGUUGGAAGCCCCAAGCCUCCUUGCAAAAGUUAAUAUCCCGUGUGGUAUUCAGAUCACUUCCGUUGUGAGUCAACAGCCGCAAUUCCAACCAGAAAAUACGAGCCAGAGUGUACCCCUCAAGUUCGACCAGCGGAUGAAAACAACCACGAACUCGGCUAUGAAACCUACAAUGAAACCUACAAUGAAAUCGACAAUGAAAUCAGCUGUGAGCUCGAAAUUGAGCUUGAAUAAGCACUCAAGUAUAACCUCAAAUAUUAACUCGAAAAUGCACUCGAGCAGGAACCCAACGAUGAGCUCAAACAAGCAUCCGAAUAUGAACUCAACGAUGAGCUCAAAAAUGAAUGCGACCACGCCCACGGCCAAAGGCAGUAGCAAGGACCUGACAGAUCUGUCCAUCCAGUUCUUAAAGCAGGAGCACGAAGCUAAGAUGGAGCUGAUUCGAUUGAAACAAGCAGCGGCCAAGGCCAAGAAUGAUACUGCCAGAGCGAAGAGAUCUGCUUACGACGAGAAGCGAAUGUUUUACUUUGAGAAAAGAAAGAAAUUACACGAUGGGGUUUGACGUUGAUGUAAACAACUUUUUACUAAUACAGUCAUGUUUGAUACUAUUAACGGGAGAACAGCUUGUUGUAAGGAUGUCCUGCCCCAAGUUUGUCAUGAAGAAACAAAAACAUGUACUCCGAUAGUCUUGUUUCAUUUUGUCAAACAAGUGAAGUUAUCGCCCUGAAGAUGAUUAUGAACUACAUGGAGCCGAGUAGAAAGGAGAAUUGUAGAGAGUAAACACCUCGGUCGAGGACGAAACAAUGGAUCUUCGUUCAAUAUUUAAAAAAAGUGCAAAUUUGUGCCAUUUUAAAUUCACCCAGGCAAAUAUUUUUUGUUUGGACAAUAGCGAAAGUGCUACCCGUGAUGAAAAGUUACGUCUCGUUUAUAUCAGUAGGAUUUCAAUAGGUAGAGCCAUCGUCUUGAAUAAAAAUGAGCCUGACAGUAUGAUUAAUCUUUCAUAGUUAUUUGCUUUAUAUUACAUAUGCAAUCAUAAUUGAUCAUUAAAAAGCUAAAGUUCUUGGUUUACAUCGUUUCUUAUAAUGAGAUGAUGAAACUCAGAAAGUCUUUCCGAAUCAAGUCAUGGACUCUUGAAAACCAUCGGAUAUUCAUUCCAAAAAUCAUUUACGACUGUUGAGCGCAUAUGCUGUACACUAUGGUUUUUCUUGAAACGAUGGAAUGAUAAGUGAACGAUGGGGGAGAUCAAAAUUGUAACGCAUUUUGUUGCAUAAUAGAACAAGAUCAAAUAGAAAAUUACAUGACAAAUAAAUCGGUUGAAAUUUCAAGUUUAAUCACUUCAAUUAUAAAAGACAUUUUUUGUAUCUGAUCACUAUCGUAAGAUAUAAAUAUUGCUAUCUUAACAAAAUAACCUUCCGUACUUACAUGUAUAUUUCCACACAAUUAUUCAAGAACAAUGACUAACAUAAUUAAUAAAUAAUAUUUACAGGCAUUUCUAUAGCGCCGUCUAUCUAGAUAUUCUAUUCCGAGGCGCAUUAAUAAUUACCCCGACUUUAGCCUAGCUACCAUUACAUCGCUCUAACAUGUCAAGUGAUUAAUUCCUGCCAGGUACCCACUUACCUCACCUGGGUCGAGUGCAUGUGGCAAAUGAAGAUUAAUGCGAUUGCAAUGUCAAAUAUAAACCUUUGUAUUAAAGAUAAAGGUGAGUACUGGUAAUGCGA